CAAACACUUUCAAAUUUCAAACGUCUUCCUAAUGACGUCCAUUUCUAGUGUCGCUUGAAUUGUGCACACCGUUGCACCGUAUCUACUCAGUAUUAAUUAGUGCCUAUACUUAAAGUGCUGUUUAAUCCUCACAAUUCCAGUAAUGCACAAUACAUUGCAUCAAGUGUACCAGCUAUUGCCAUGGCAAAGGUCAGCUCUUUUGUGUUUUUCGAUUUGGAGACAACCGGUUUACCUGGACUGCAGACGCCAAAAAUAACGGAGAUCUCACUGAUAGCAUGUUCCAAGCAACACAUUCUUGAUACGAAGCAUGGCGACCUUCCGAGAGUUCUUCAUAAGCAGACCUUGUGCCUAAAUCCACGGCGGAUGAUUCAUCCAAAAGCAUCGGAAACUACAGGACUUUAUAAUGACUUAUUGGAGCAUGAACAUAAAUUCAACAGCAAAACAGCACAACUGAUAGUACUAUUUCUGGAACGCCUGCAAAGCCCAACGUGUUUAGUAGCGCACAAUGGAAACCGGUUUGACUUUAUCAUACUAAAAAAGGAACUGGAAGCUCUAGAUGCCAAACUACCCGAUGACGUUUAUUGCGUCGAUUCAUUACCGCUGUUUCGACAUCUGGCACAGGUCAAAAAACAAAGCGAAAGGGCAGCGAAUGAAAAUGCGAAAAAUAAACUGGCUGACCUAGAAUUGACGGCCCUCGCCGCAAUGGAGGAACUGCAAGGAUCCCAAAGCAUGCUGACACAAAAGCAAACGCAGAAUGAAGUCACUCCACAGAAGAACAAGUUGCAGAUAAAUUUUAAAAAAGCUUUACGGUCUUAUCUUGAUGUAACUCCAAGCCAAGAGCCACAGAGUGAGGAACAAUCAGUGCCCGCAAGACCACCUCGCUCGAAACGUCAACUCUUUCCCGAUGCCGAAGGAACCUCCAGUUCAACACAGUCAUGCAGGUCGCAAACGUUUAAGCAAACAGACUUUAAAAGGUUUCGCCUAUGUGAUGUGUAUGAGCGGUCCUUUGGGGAGCCUCCAAAGUGCUCACAUUAUGCCGAAAGCGACGUGGAAACCUUACUUAAAUGUGCAAUUGCCGACAAGGAAGGUUUUGUGGCAUACGCAGAAGAUCAAUGUGUGAAAUUUAACCUGUUUGCCGGAACAUUUUGACUGUCUAUUUUAUUUGGCUAUAUUUUUUAAACAUUGUUAUAUUAUAGGUGCAUGUGAUUAUAUUGUUUAUGAAUCAUUCAUCCACUGAUUGUGUUCCUUUUUCAGUAAUAUAAUUCCUUGCUUAUUUGGAAUACAGUCGUGAUUCGUUGGUUGGGUCAUAGCCUUCGUCCAACUAAUGAAUUUUAUUCGCUAAUUUAACCGCAUGAUAUAUGUUAGAAACUCUCCAAAAGAGACAUUAGUAGUGUAAAUGCAUCUGUUCACAUCUCAAAUUAUUGACAGAUUCAUUGUCAAAGUAAAUUUGCCAUGAGCUUUUGGCAUUCAGACAGAUGCUUUUUAGUUCGACAAUGGUCCAAAUAGCGGAGAUCCAACUAAAAAGCGGUCCAACUAAAAAGGACCCAACCAGCGAAUCACGAGUGUAGUGAAGAAAGACGAUCGCAUAAAUAAAUCGUAUUUACUGAGUAAAAAGUGUGAAUGCCAGUUUACGUCUGUUGUUCAUGUUUGUUCUUCUAUCCCUUAGGGUGAUGAGCCAUUUGAAGCCGUUGGUUAGAGCAAUGUCUGCCAUCUUUGUUCAACGCAUUGAGUCAAAUGGUAGCGCAACAAUAGGGGCACUCGAUUAGAGUGUUCAUUGUACUCAAACACGAGAAUUUUACUGUUUUCAACACAUUUGUGUUAUUAUAUUGGUUCUUAACAACGAAGCAAAGCGGUUGAUGCCAAUUUUUACGCGUUCCAUUAAUUGUAAGGCAAGAAAUUACCGAAUUAGUGAGACACCUUGCUUAGUAUGGUGAAAAUAGGCUCAUCACCCUACAUUUAGUUUUGUAGUCUUCAUCACUUCGAUCUACAAAUCUUUAUUCUUCUGAUUCUUGGGAGCCAGGAAGAUUUCUAAAAAUGGCAUCCAUUGCACGCUCGACAUAUACCCCAACGACGUUGUAUACCCUGUGUAAUCUAUAGUGAAAUCUAAAAAAUCAAAACACGGUUUCUUAAUUUUCUAGCUUAAUUGAAAUCGAAAAAUUAAUUUCGGCAUGGACAACCUCAAGAAUGUAUGAUACAUCUUAGUUCGGUAUCUGGAUUGACACAAUCCACAAUAAAUACAUGUUUCUGAUUUUUCGUAUCCGAAAUGCCCAAGCUAUACAAAAUUGCGGUUAUUAUAAGGGAAAACAGUCUUUCAAUCCCGUAAUUUCGAGUAAAAUACAUACAAUACAAUAAUACUAAGUUAGUUCGGAUCUGAGACGAGACGUGCAGAUAGCAAAAAAUCCAACGUCAAAUGCAGUCAGGGGGUACUGUCAAUGCAUCCAGCCCAUUUAAACUAUGUGAGGCAAAACGCGACGAUAGAAUGACGAACGAUAGAAUGAACAGAAAAAAGAAUACAUCUAUCGGCAAGUCCCGUCCCAGGUUCGGAUACGGGUGGUCUCUUACAAAAGCCUUGGGUUAAUUUA